AUGAAUCACAAUCCCGACCCUGCCUCACCGUCUUUCACGUUUCUUUUGCGUCCUCUUGCUACUUUCACUACUCAUGUGUCUCGUCUUUUUUUCUUUUUUUUUCUUCGCGUACUUUCUUUUUGUACUUCUUUAUUUGGAAUUUGUAUAUUUUGUGGGACUUUUGUUCCUUCAUUUUAUUAUUAUUUUGCCUUUCCUCUUUUGUUUAACAAUUUCUCCUUCUUCUCCAUUUUAUUAUUAACCCCUUUUUCACGUGUUCAUUCUUUCGCAUGCACGCUCUUUCUUUUUAUUUCCCUUUCUUUCUUUCUUUCUUUCUUUCUUUCUUUCUUUCUUUUCCAUCGCAUUUUACUUCCUUCUUGUCAUAUACAUCAGUUCGUUAUUUGUCUCUCUUUUCAAAUGGUUCCUGUACGAUCACCGACUGCAUUUUCAUUCUUUUUGUCUUUCUUUCUCAGGAAUUUUCUUUUUCAUUUCAUUUCUUUCUUCGUUCAUUCUGCUUUUUAUUUUCACGGCCUUUUCUUUCUUUCACGAAAAUUUUCUUUCAUUAUUUUUCUUUCUCUUUCAAUAAAUGUUCUUGCUUUCAUAAACAUAUUUUUUCCUAUUUCUUUUCAUUUUACUCUGUUUUCAUUUUUUUCUGAUCGAUCUUCUUUUCUUUCUUUCAUUAUUUUUCUUUCAUAUUUUUCUUUCAUUUUUUUUUUUUGCGAUGUCUUUAAUUUUCAUUUUCAACAACAAUUUUCUUUCAUUAUUUUUCUUUCAUUUUUACUGUACUGUUCUCUGUUGCUUAAGAUUCAUUUUCAUUCUUUCUUUUCACAGUAUUUUCUUUCUUUCAUAAUGACAUUCUUUCAUUCCUUUUUGGAUUUCUUUUGA